CUUAGGAUUUAUCACGGAUUUAUAAAGUUUAUUGAAUCUCUGAUUGAAUUAAAAGACAUCAUACGACUUUAUUCUAUAUCUGCAGUGAGAUACGAAAUGAAAUUAUUUACAAAGUAGGCUAAAAUAAAUUUUCAUUACUAGUCAAAUAGUAUUCAAACAGUGAUUAUCUUCACAGUUUUAGUGUAGGCAUUACAAUCUCUUACAUAAUCUACCUCGGAGAAUGUUUUCAAGGUACAGAUCGGUAUUGCGAAGAGUAGUUCACACCGGAGUUCUUUACCGCAACUUUAAUGUUGGACAAAUACGCAAAGUCCCACACAAUAUAAGUGUACCAGUCUCUGUAGGGUUUUCAUUAUUAACAUUGAUCGGUUUAGAAAAAAAACUGAAUGCAGAAGACGAACUAAUAUUGACAAUCAAACAUUGUAUCCUAUUCAUUCAGAGAAAUGAAUUUGACAAGGCCGAACAGCUCUUACAUGUAGCUCUAAAGCAAGCACAACAAAUGCAGCAUAAUACAGGCAUCACUUAUAUUUAUGAUGUCAUGGGCAAUUUAGCCCUUGAAAGGAAACAAUAUGAUAAGGCCAAACAGCUCUUUGUAGCUGUUACCCAAAGAAUAAUAGCGGACGGAGUUUCUGAAAAUGACCUUAAAGUGAUACAUUUGAGUGCAAAGCUGGCACGAAUAAGUCAUAUGCAAAAAGAUUACACAACAGCCCAGUUGGGUUUUGAUUGGUGUUUAGAAAAACUUUAUGAUAAAGUAAAAAUAGAUCCAUCUGAUGUAAAUAAACAGCUGUUAGCUAUGACGGAGGAUUGGUAUGGCCGAUUAUUUUUAGACUGCGGUAAACUCGAAUUAGGUAUAAACUACAUAAAGAAAUCAUAUGAAAAUAUGAAAGAUAUACCUGAAGUUGAAAAAGAACAUUUGAUUAUACAACUCAAUGACAUUGGCACAGCUCUUUAUAAAGUCGGUGCUAUUGAUGAGAGUAUAGAGUAUCUAACAGAAGCAAUAGACCUUGGGAAAACAUUGCCUGAUAUGGUUGAAUUAGGUACAGUUUAUGUUAAUCUUGGCAGAGCAUAUUUACAAAAACAGUUAAUAGAAAAAGCAAGGAAGACAUGUGGAUAUGGAUGGAGAAUAGCCUUUAUGGGUAAGAAUGAUGAAAUUAAAAAAGAAGCAGAAAUUUGUUUACAACAAAUUAAAAAUGCCGCAAUUUAUUACUUCUUUUAUUUUCCCUGUAAAAUAAAAUUAUGA